UAGCUGGACUUCAGUCCCUUUGCAGAGAGCGCGGUGGAAGGGGAUGAGAGCGUUGCUUCGGUGAUCAGGGUACGCUGUUUGUAAAGGGUCAGCCGAUCGCGUUGCUUUUCCGCUACUUAAAUCUGUUUUCCUUCAUCACACGAGAUACUCACAGUCCUAAAUCAACUGCUUAAAAUAGGUUUGGUGAUGCCGGUGUUGGACUGGGAUGUACAAAGUUAAAAAUCACGCAACAUCAGAUUAAAGUGUAAACAGACAGAGCCAGAUUGAACUGUGUAAAGAGCAUCUGAAGUUAAAGAUGUACAAACGGUUCGAGGACCGGCAGAAGUUAUCUACACAAGUCAAUCUAACAGAUGAUGAAAAUCAGCAAUCUGGUGACCAAUCAAGAAGAUGGAAUACUUCCAGCAGCAAAUGGCUAAACCGACAGCAUUCAAAAGACAGAAGGCAGGGGAAUAGUCAAGUGUUUAAUCCCGAUGAAAGCCACUUCAGCUCCACACAGCAGUCUUCUGGAAGGCCUGAAACCAGCGGUGGUACUCAGCGUGGCAGACAGCCAAGGAAAUUUGGAAGUCGCUCCCAUCCAGCAAGUGGCCAGAAAGAAACGCCUGAAGCAGGUGCUCAGGGAAAGCCAAGAGGACAGAGAGAUGGACAUCCACAUAAAGGGAGGCCCCCAAAUCAAACGCAAAAUACGUCGGAGAACGCCUCAGCGAAGAGUGGGUUUGAGCGUCGUAACCAGUCUGAGCCUCGUUGGAGAAAACCCAAGUUCAGCGGAAGUCAGUCGGACUUGCUGGAUUGUUCCGUAGAAGGCAGUGCGGCGCAUAAGCCACAGAGACAGCAGAAACCACAAGAAUGGAGAGAUGGACAGCGAAGGAAGCACCCACAACAUGUGCAAAAUAGGUCUGAGAGUGUUGUGGAAAAGAGUAGGUUUGAGCAGCGUGACCCAUCUGAGCAUCGUAGAAGAAAUCCCCGGUUCUAUGGAAGUCAGCCUAACCUGCUUGACUCCUUCAGAGAAAACAUGAUGGAAAAUGAUAACCAGCGCCAGCAGAAAUCACGAGGGAGAUCCCUACACUCUCGAGGAAUGGGCAGAGCAAACCAGCCUACUACCCAUGAAGGUCAUUCACAGCAGAAUUACAAGCAACCUCGGCAACAAAACCUGGCACAAUGCACGUUCAUGUCUGACCAUAGACCCAACCAACAGUCCCAGUCUACUGGUCCUUCAGCAGCCAAAUCCAGCAAACCUGCUGAACACAGGCAGUGGAGUAUAGACAGCCGAGAGCUCCAACGGUUAGCUGGAAUGGAACCAGCAAAUGUUAUUAUGAGACUGGCCUCUCCUAGGAGUGGGCUCAAAGAUUUCCUAAACCAGGCCAAUCCUGACAAAAACCUCAUUUUGUCCUUUCUGAAAGUUCUCAAUUCAACAUUCAAAUGCCAGUCCAACCGAAGUAAUUUACAUUAUCUCCUACAAUUGAUCAAGGAUUCCAUGUUUCUGAAAAGUAUCCUUCCUGGAUUUGUUGUCAGUGUUCAGACAGAAACUUUGCCAGAAGCACUUCUGGAAAACUCUGCUCACCUUGAUCCGAUAGUAAACUUGCUCCAUGAGCUGAUUACCGUCUAUCCUAUGAGCGCCUUUUUGGAAGUGUCUCUUUUAGUCACAUUGGUGCAGAUGACUUCAAAGUACCUGCAAUCUAUUGGCUUCCCUGCCUCAACCGAAACCAGGAUAAACUUAGGCAAUCUGCAGGCAAUGAUUGCAGAACUGCAGGAGAAGAAGCGACUUGGGAAUUUGAAAUCCGAUACCUACACCUACUUUAAAGGGCCUGAGGUGGAAAAUUUUAGAUGCAUUUCAGUAUACCCAACCUAUGAAGACAUCCAUUUACUCAACAAACCUUAUGUGAGACCCAACAUUGUCACUGGAAAAUAUCCAGAUACCGCCACAUACCUUGAUAUACACUUUCGCUUACUACGUGAAGACUUUGUUCGCCCAUUGAGAGAUGGGAUUUCCAAGUUGUUGUCCUGUGACCAGAAGGAACUUCAAAAGGACAAAAUAGAUGAUAUAAGAAUUUACUUCGAUGCACAUAUACUUGGUCCACUGUGCACUCGUAGCGGUGUCUUCUUCCAGGUUAAGUUUAAUAUAAAACCGCUGAAGUUCAUUCGUUGGGAGAGCUCUAAGCGACUGUUGUUUGGAUCUUUUCUUUGCCUAUCCAAAGAUAAAUUUGCAACAAUGCUCUGUGCAACAGUGGCAGACAGGAACCUCAAAGGACUAAAAGAAGGCAUUAUCACACUGCACUUCACCAAAGAUUGCCGAGAUCAAUUGGCGGAUGUUAAUUCAAGAGACUCUUUUCUUAUGGUUGAGACAACCGCAUACUUUGAAGCUUACCGUCACGUUUUGGAAGGCCUUAAAGAGAUUAAAGACAAUAAGUUACCCUUCCAGAAAUACAUUGUGGAAGGCCAGGCUCACAUUGCACAACCCAAAUAUCUAACUUCAGGUCGUCAAGACUAUACACUUCAGUCUUUGAUGACAAACCAGCGUCUUCCAGGGCCAAAGCAGUCAAACAUGCCCAAGUUUGCUGCCAACCAGCUGAACUUGAGCAAUAAUUUUGAUGUGUGUGACUUUGCAAAAUGGCCUUCUAAAGAGAAAUUAAAGUUUGAUGAAUCCCAAAUGCAAGCCAUGCAAUUGGCCCUCACCAAAGAGGUUGCUAUGAUCCAGGGCCCACCAGGAACAGGAAAGACUUACCUGGGACUGAAAGUUGCCAAGGUUCUUCUGGCGAAUGAGCAAAUUUGGCAAUCUGGUGCUGGUUCACCUAUAUUGGUGGUCUGCUAUACAAAUCAUGCAUUGGAUCAGUUUUUGGAAGGAAUCCUCAAAUUUAUGGACACUGGGCUGGUCAGAAUUGGAGGAAGGAGUAGCAGUGGAAUACUGUCCGCAUUUUCUAUGCAUAAGCUAAGAAAGGAGUUUAACUUCAGAAAAGAUCUGCCAAGAUAUUUGAAAGAAGCACAAACUGAGCUGAUCAACGAAAGAGAAUUGAUUCAACGUCAAAUUGAAGUAUUAGCUGCAUCGUUGGAUGCUAGUGAGAAAGGCGUACUUCAGUUGUACACGUUAUCUAAAUACAUUUCUACAAAGCACAUGUAUUAUCUUCAGGUGCCCUCUGAAGAUGAUUCCAUUGAUCAUUGCACUAUACUGGAGUGGUUAGGAAUAUCACCUACAUCCGGUGGCUAUUUCACAUUUGGAUCAACAACGCCAGAGGAAAAGACAGAAAGGGACCUGAUAGAAAUGGGCUCAGAUGUCAUGGAGGCAGAGACUGGCAGUCAAAGUGAUCUGUUGGAUUGGGAAGAAGAUGAAGCUGAGUUAAAUCAGCUGGCCUCAGAAGGUGGUCCCUCUACUCAAUCUCACGAAGUGGAAAGGUCAGAUUUAACAUCUGUAUCCAAACAUUAUUGGAGAUCUGAAGAGGAUGCAGAGGAGACAGACUCAGAUGCUACAGAGUGGGAUACAGGAACUUCCAGUGAUCUGGCUGAAGAGGAAGAGACAUUACAAGAUGAUGACGAGCUGAUUCAGGUGACUGAGGAGGCUGAGCAUUUGGAGGCAGAUAGAAUGAUCGGAGAUGAAGACAUUCAGAAACAAGUUAAGCAUGCGACUGCCCGUGUGGCUAAAAUCCGGGAUAGUCUCCUGGCCUUUAAACCUGAAUCCCUUUCCAGAUCACAAGCUGACAGUCACGGUGAUGGUAAAUGGGAGCAAACCAAGAAAACAAAGAAAAAAAUACAAAAAAUGUUAAAGGAACAGUUGAAGCUUCAAGACUAUAUGCCAGAAGAUGAAGCUGACCGUAUCAAUAAUGUUUGGGAACUUGCACUGCUUGAUCGCUGGAGACUCUACAGGUUGUGGUUGUCAAAGUACCAAAUCGAAACCAGAUGUAAAAUAUUAGAAUCUGAACAGCUAUAUCAGAGGAUUGUUGACCGCCUUCUUGAGUUGAGAAACCAAGAGGAAGUGACCAUCCUUCGAAAGGCUAAAGUGGUGGGGAUGACCACAACAGGUGCAGCAAAAUACAGAACUGUCCUGCAGGAGCUCCAGCCUAAGAUUGUGAUUGUAGAAGAGGCAGCUGAAGUGCUGGAAGCUCACAUAAUCACUACUCUUAGCUCAGCCUGCGAGCACCUCAUUUUAAUUGGUGAUCAUCAGCAGCUUCGUCCAAGUGCAACUGUGUAUGAACUUGCAAAAGAUUUCAACUUGGAUGUCUCCUUGUUUGAGCGGCUGAUUAGUAUGAAAACAGAAUUUGUCCGGCUUGAUUAUCAACAUCGAAUGCGCCCUGAAAUUGCAGGUCUGAUAACUCCACACAUCUAUGAAAAGUUGGAAAAUUCAGCCUCUGUGAAUCUCUAUGAAAGGAUCAAGGGAGUCUCUACAAACCUCUACUUUAUUAACCAUCAGGAGCUGGAGAAUAUCAAUACGGAAGGAAAAAGCUACCACAAUCCACACGAAGCUAAUUUUGUGAAGUCCCUUUGUGAAUAUUUCAUCCAACAAGAAUACCAGCCAUCACAGAUAACUAUUCUUACCACUUACUCAGGACAGUUGCUAUACUUGAGGAAGUUAAUGCCAAAAAAACGAUUCGAUGGGGUUCGGGUCUGUGUGGUGGAUAAAUACCAAGGGGAAGAGAAUGACAUCGUGAUUCUGUCGCUCGUUCGAAGUAAUCUGAAGGGUGUGGUAGGCUUUCUGCGGAUUCCAAACCGCAUCUGCGUUGCUCUGUCUCGGGCAAAGAAAGGUUUCUAUUGCAUAGGCAACAUGAGUAUGUUAUCCAACAGGGUCCCACUGUGGAGCAAUAUAGUAGAUUAUCUGUACAGAAAUGACAAAAUAGGUCCUGCCCUGAGGUUGUCCUGUCAAAACCAUCCAGAAACCUACACUUUGGUGUCCAAGUCUGAAGAGUUUAAACAGGUUCCUGAGGGAGGGUGCACCAAGGCUUGUGAUUUCCGACUGAGUUGCGGUCACGCAUGUGGUUCUCUUUGCCACCCUUUUGACCAGGAGCACAAGAAGUAUAAAUGUCUCAAACCCUGCCAGCAAUGCUGUAAAGAGGGCCACCAGUGUCGUGACAUCUGUUCUAACCCAUGUGGCAAGUGUAAUGUCAAGGUGACCAAAGUCGUCCCUCACUGUGGUCACGAGCAACAGAUGCCCUGCUUCUGUCCACCAGAAGUGUUUGUCUGCCAGGAGCCCUGCACCAAAGCCAUUGAGUGUGGCCACUCGUGCAUGCGGCGCUGUGGGGAGACCUGCACAAAGAAGUGCCCUGUAAAGGUCAGCGUCACGUUGAGUUGCGGGCACAAGAACAAGGUGAUGUGCCACUUGUGGAUGGAGGCCGAGGCAGGCGGUGAACCCUUGUUGUGCCAGACACUAUGCGGCGGGCAGCUGGCAUGCGGCCAUUCCUGUCGGGCUGUCUGUUCCGAGUGUGCCGGCGGGCGGCUUCACAUCCCCUGCAGCGCCCCCUGUCAGCGAAUGUUGGUCUGCUCUCACGUGUGCCAGAAACCGUGCACCCUCACAGACUGCCCUCCUUGUGGACGGCCGUGUGAGAAUCGCUGCCCGCAUGGCAAGUGUCCGAAUAAGUGCGGUGAGAUGUGUGUGCCCUGUACCAAGCCCUGCCAGUGGGCCUGUCCACACUCACGCUGCACAAGGCUGUGCCAUGAGCCUUGUGACCGGGAGCCCUGCAACAGGCCGUGCCUGCAAGUGCUUAAGUGCAAACACCCUUGCAUCGGUCUGUGUGGAGAGCCAUGCCCCAGCAAGUGCCGUGUGUGCCAUGAGGCUGAGGUCACUGAGAUAUUCUUUGGGAAUGAAGAUGACCCUAAAAGCAGAUUUGUCCAACUGAAAGACUGCCAGCAUGUCUUUGCACUGCCUGGGUUUGAUGACCUGAUGCGACAGUCGGAACAUAACAAGUCCACACCGAGGCUCUUCAAUUGUCCUAAAUGCUCUACACCGAUUCGGUGGAAUAUGCAUUGUGGAAAUGUCAUCAAGAGCACUUUGGCUAAAAUAGAGGAAGCCAAAGCAAAGAUUUUGGGAGAUAAAGAAGAUCUGAAUAGCUGGAAGAACUCUCUUGAAAAAUGUCUGGAAAUGAAGGUGGAAUUGUCUAACUGUUAUCCAACAGAAUUUGAAAAUCUGCAGUUUCAACUGCAAGAGCCAAAUACAAACAGCUGGAAGUUGGCUGUCCUUGGAAAUCAGAUCAGCCUCCUAUCCAAAGUUGCUAGAUUGAAAUCCAAAGCAAACAUGCUCCUAGAAGAACAGAGAAUGAAAAUUGAGAAAGAAGCCGAGUUGCAGGCAGACUGGAUCCUGAGAAGUAGAGUUCAGUUUACUGCUCAAGAGAUUUCAAAUAUUAAUAGGGAAAUUUCAAAGCUAACACAUCUAAGUGACAUAUACUUAAUACAAAACUCCAUGCAAGAACAAGGAAGAGAGUUUGAUCAUGCAACACAGUUAACUGUCGAUGACCUUCUACAAGUACUUGAAGGUAGAAAAGCAAAAUAUGAUGAGGGGUGGUUGCAAGAGAGUGUCAAUACAUUGAAAAACAUAUCGUCACAAGAUAAAAACUGCUUUAUUACUUGAAACUUACUGCUGCAAACUGAUGGGGCCACUGGUACAAUUGAUGUGCAGGUGCAUUUAAUGCAUUUGGACAUUGUUGGUUAAGUGUAUGAAAUGAAACAUUAGAAUUAGCAGUAAAAUAAAUUAGAAUCUUUGCAUAGGCAACUAGGUUGCUUUAGAAUGGCUGAAUGCUGUAAAAUUUAUGCUUCAACUAAAUUCUGUCAAAAUGAUUUAGAUCGUAGAGUAAAGUGUGAAACAACAUCAUUUCAGUAUCUAGAUUAUGUAAUAGCUGUUUAAAGACAAAGUGCUAGGCUAGGUAAUGAUCCAGUAAUGUGUCCCUUUGAGGCCGGACAGAGAGGAAUUAGCUCACAUGAGAAUAGGAGGAAGAGUUGUAUUGGUAAAUGCUGGUAGGCUGAAUGCAAAGGAUGGACGAAGGUGAAAUUGCAUCAUGCCGUGAUCUUCUGGACAAGAGAUGGCAAAGGAAGAAGCAGAAAACAACUGAGUUUGUACAACUACCUCCUGUGGGAGAAUAAUGCUUGACAUCUGUCUGAGAUUCUAAAAUAUUUAUUGACCAUCCUGACUCCAAUAGGAAUGGGAGCCUCUUUGUUAUAUAGCUAGUGCAAGCAAACUUUACCAAAGUUGCCAAACAUGUUAGAUUUCAGGAAAACACAGCAAUGAAACCAGAGUGAAUACCUGGUGGAUUCAGCUCACCACUUGCUCUGGACAACUUGCAUGUUGGAAACUAGGUAUCAACGUCUCAGGGAAUGUUCCAUGGGCACUAGGCAGUACCGUCCCAUAUCCAAGGACAUUGGCAUCUGACAUGUGCCAGCCUCUAACCACCCUUUGGACUGUAAUGUACAUCAAUGCUGCACUUUCAAAUGCCAGUGAAUUCUGGGAUGUCUGCUGAGUGGCGAAAUGUUCCAGGAACAGUGUAUAGUAAGGUGGGAUGGAAAUCAGAUGUAAGAGACGUCAUAAGGGCACAUAGAAUAGCUAAUUAAUGAUUGUAUUUGCUUAGAUAUAGCCAGGAGUCUAGCUAGAACUUGCAAUGAGAAACCUUGCAAAAAACUCAAUGCAGGUCAGACUUAGCAAAAAAGAAUAAGAUCCAGCCCAAGUAUGGUAUAUUAAUAAUAAUCUGUUUGAUAUAAAAUAUUCAUCAGAAGGGCAAUUUUCAGUCACAGUUUUGUAUUUUGAGUUCCCUUUCCUAUAUAGAAGUUAUCGCAUUGCAUUUGCUAUUAUGUGGAUACAUUUAAGAACAUUCGAGCUUAAUAUGUGAAAAUAUAAUAAGCCUAAAUCCUGCUUCUUUGUGAUGUCAUAUCUUCCACAUUGUGACAUUUACUUGAAAGAAACCAUUCUUAAGUAGAAUUAUGAAUGGUGUUUGUUGGAGCCAUGCAAGUUUAUUGUGUUGUAAUAGUAGGCUAAAAUAAAAAAAAUAAAAUAAUUAAGCCAAA